UCACCCAAACCCCACCCUCGCUGCAACCCUAAAAAACCCCUCCCUCCGAGGGUUUUGGCGCCAAUUCCUUGAACCCCAAAACCCCAAAAUCAAUCGAGAGAGCAAAAAGGCGGCCUCAGAAAUGACGGAAACAACCUCGCCGAUGGAGAUCGACGCCGCUCCUCCGUCGAUCCCCAGCAAGGGCAAGUCCGUAACCUCCCCCUCCGACCGCAAGUCCGCCCCCUGGGUCGAGUACCGCCCAGAGUCUCUCCCGCCACAACCGGACCAACAGAAGAGCGACAUCGUCGACACAAUCGAUCGGUUGACAAACGAAAACAAGCUGCCGCAUUUGCUUUUGUACGGACCGCCGGGGACUGGGAAGACGUCGACGAUCUUGGCGAUGGCGAGGAAACUGUACGGAUCUCAGUACCACAACAUGAUUUUGGAGCUGAAUGCGUCGGAUGACCGAGGAAUUGGUGUUGUUAGGCAGCAGAUUCAGGAUUUCGCGAGUGCUCGUAGCCUUUCCUUUGGUGCACCGGUUGCUGUGAAGUUGGUUUUGCUCGAUGAGGCAGAUGCAAUGACCAAGGACGCACAAUUUGCUCUGCGUAGAGUGAUUGAGAAAUACACAAAGAGCACUAGGUUUGCACUUAUAUGCAACCAUGUCAACAAAAUUAUUCCAGCUUUGCAGUCAAGAUGCACUCGAUUUCGUUUUGCUCCUCUUGAUGCUUCCAACAUUAGGGAACGGCUUCAAUAUGUUAUAAAGGCUGAAGGGUUGGAUGUAUCAGAGAGUGGCUUAACAGCCCUAGUACGGCUGAGCAAUGGUGACAUGAGAAAGGCUCUUAACAUAUUGCAGUCAACGCAUAUGGCUUCUCAGCAUAUAACAGAAGAAGCUGUCUACCUUUGCACUGGAAACCCAAUGCCAAAGGACAUUGAGCAAAUAGCCUUCUGGCUUCUUAACGAAUCUUUCACAGAUAGUUUUAAGUAUAUAUCUGAUACCAAAAUGAAGAAAGGGUUAGCUUUGGUGGAUAUUGUGAGGGAGGUCACUAUGUUUGUUUUCAAGAUUAAAAUGCCAUCAGCUGUCCGAGUAAAGCUAAUUAAUGAUUUGGCUGAUAUCGAGUACAGGUUGAGCUUUGCAUGCAACGAUAAGCUACAGCUCGGGUCACUCAUCUCAACUUUCACUACUGCUCGCUGUGCUUUGGUUGCUGCAGCUCAAUAAAAAUCGAAGUUGCUUUGAAUUAUUCCUACACCUUUGGAUUUAAUGAUAUAUAUGCAUGAGAUGGGCGUGUGUUUUCUCUGUAUAAUGUUGACUGAGGACUGGAUAGUGAAGUCAUGGAUGGAUGGUGUAUAUCUUUCUGAUGGAAUCAACUUUUUGGUAGAUCACAUAAUGGAAUGAAGUAUUUUGUUUA